AUGAGCGCCCAAAAUGCAGCUCUUGGAACAAUGGAAGUUCUCGAAAACAUACUUCUUCACCUUGAUCUCAAGUAUGUCUUGACAUCCGCCCAACGUGUGUGCCGCCAAUGGCAAGAUUUGAUUUCCACAUCGCCUUCUCUUCAGAAACAUCUCUUUUUCGAACCUGACUGGGAUCGAGAGGAUAGACAACGCAAUCCUCUGUUGGCCGAAUUUUUCCCUGCAUGGUUUCCCGAUUUCCCUACGUCCGAGGAACCGCGUAAAGCUCAUGAGAUCGACAUUGGCCCCGAUAGCAAAAAGUCCAGCUGGAAUCGUAUGCUGGUUCAGCAACCCCCUAUUCGUGAUAUAAUUUUCUUCACGGUGAGGAGCGGUCGCAGCGGCACAUGGCUCGGAGGCCCAUACACCAAAACUGAGGAGGACUCCCGGACACACUGGUUCAGCGUAACAGAUCCGCUCCGGAUGGACGAGUUUAUCGACAAAGUUCCCAAUGUAGGGGGGGAUCUAGGGUUUAGCUUACGCGAAGUAAUGGUCUUGUGGGACAAUGAAGGUCAUCAAAUCCCAUCUGGGUUUCACGGCUAUUCAUUCAACAACAAGGAGAGACGAUUCCUGCAGGGGUCUCUGGAAGAAUGUGGAAUGAUCUUGUUGGAAUACAGAUUCGUGCGAUGUGGAAAGGGCGUACAUGACGGUGGAAACCGGCGGAGAAAAUACGGUACUCCUUUUUACGAGCCCUUGCUUGAAGAUGCAGAGGACGGAGAGGAUGGAGAGGAUGGAGAGGAUGGAGAGGAUGGAGAGGAUGGAGAGGAUGGAGAGGAUGAUGCUAACGAUACUCAGGGCAUUCUCCUUCAAUCUGAUCAAAGACCCCGUAGCUAG